CUUCUGCCCCUCCAACCUCUCCUCUUCCUCUGGUCUCUGGACAACCAAGCCAGAGAGGAGCAGCCAGCGACAACCUCCUCUCCUCUCCUCCCCUCUUAUUCCGCGCCCAGCAGCGAGGCAUGGUGGAGAAGGCGAGGACCAUGGCGCGCAGGCUGGAGAUCCCCCAGUGGAAGGCCGACGGCCUGCCGUCGCCGACGAGCCCGCUGGACCGCGCGUCGGCGUCGCCCCGUGGGUGGCGCCACCGCGACGCCGUAGGAGGAGGCGUGGGGCUCGGGAUCCUGGCGGCGCUCGAGGCCGAGGGCCCGCCGCAGCCCGCGCCGAGGGUGUCCAUCCCGCGGCGCGCGGCGCGGCUGGAGGUGUCGGAGCUCGGGUGCAGCGGGCGCUGCGCCACCAGCCUGUGCGGCGGCGUCGGCCCGGCCCCCGCCCGGCCCGGCGGCGGCGCGGCGUUCCGCGUCGCGGAGUUCCUGUCGUGCUGCGACAUGUGCCGGCGGGCGCUGGACGGGAGGGACAUCUUCAUGUACCGCGGGGAGAAAGCCUUCUGCAGCAUGGAGUGCCGGUACCACGCCAUGGUGAGCGACGAGUUCCAGCAGGAGAAGGAGCGCAAGCGCCGCGCCGCCGUGUCCCGGACUUCGGCCGCGGAGAUGGCCGGGUCGCCGUGCAGCGGCGGCGGCGGCGGCGGGCAGAUCUUCUUCACCACCGGCAUCGUCGCCGCCUGAUGGGCGGGCGGGCGGGCGGAUACGGAUCCGUCUUCUCUGGUCUAGUGAUACAAAACAAAAGAAAAAAUAUCCAGCUAGAGGAACCGGCGGCCGCUGUAACAUAAACCUGACAAGAAAAAAAAACCAAGAGGAGAAAUAAGGACGGAUGGGUGCGUGCGUUUGUGUAGAGCAGAGAAAUGGGCGCGGGGGAAUUUUGCUCGUCCUCUCCUCUUCUUCGGUAGAGGAGGAACCGAGGCAGGGAGGGUUUAUUUCAUCUGUGGAUUUUUUUUUUGUAUUAUUAUUAGUAAAUUAUAGUAGUACCACUAUUAUCACGACGAUGAUGGGCGGGAUGAGAUGUUCUGUAGCAGCAGGGAAGGGGGAGGGGGGAUGAUGUGACAAGUUUU